AUGAUAAGUAAUACAAAACUUAGAUUGUGUCCUAAAUUAACGGACAAUCAUUUGGAUUUGAGAAAUUCGUCAUUAAAAAUGCGUGUUCGGCUGGCUGUACAGAUAUUACAAGAAUCAUUGUUAUGGUUAAAUAAUUGGGAACUAAAAGUUGAAACUGGAGAAGUGCAACAAGAUCAAUUCUUAUCAGACAAUACCGCAGAAGGAUUAAGAGUCACUUUAAACUCAACUAUUGAAAUUAUAAAAUACUUGAUCGAAGAGUUUAACUUUAGUUAUAUACUAACAGGAAAAAUUACACAAGAUAAUUUAGAA